AUAUGAGCUGUAUAUAUGUUACACUGUAUAUAUGAGCUGUAUAUAUGUUGCACUGUAUAUAUGAGCUGUAACAUACAGUCCAGAGCUGGGAAGCACACCGUUUGUUUGGUUUUGUUGGUCCUUUAAUGUGAAUCCCAUUCCUUAUAGAAUUAUAUUGGGGCCCCUGUUUUCAUACAAAAGGAUCGGAGAAGGUUCAGAGUUGUUGGUAAAUGAUCUUUCUGACAAUGUGCUGGGGGUCUCCCUUAUCUGUGAUUGGUCACUGUCUCCCCUUGGCUCAGUGAGGUCACUGAACUAUUGGCUCCUCCUGGAUCAAUACACACUGGACUCUGUUCCACCUGCUGGAGUAAAAGCCACUCUCCUUUCUGCCCCAACCACUGACUGGGGGGACAUUCAGCAUCUACACGAGGAGCACGAUUCCCAGGGACCCCAGACUUGGGCCCCAAAUCCUCCUGAUCCAGUCAAGCGCCCCCACUGGUGGAACUGAGAGAGAAGAAGGACGUCGCCCCAUGGGUGUGAAUGGAAGAGGUGCCGCAUUGUGCUGGCAUCUUAUAUUUCUCUUUCUAUUGGUCCAACCAGUAAACACAGAGGUGCAAGUGCAGUCAGACUGCCCACCCGCCUGCCUCCCAUUCAGCCACUGCCCAGGGCCCAAUGGGAACCUCACGUGCCGCUGUGAUCUGGGAUUUUAUUUCCAUCCAGAGCUCGGCUGUGUAACAGUCAGAACAUUCCCAGCUGGAAUCUCCGUCUCGGCACUGAUGUGGAAUGAGACCAACCUCUCGCUGGAGACAAACACUGCUGCCCUCUGGGUGGAGCUGUCUGGGAAUGUGAGCACCUUGUUUCAGGAAGUUCUGGGAACCAUAGAUGGGUAUCUCUCUACGUCUGUGUUCAACUUGGGGCGGAGUCAUGUGACAAUCCUACAUCAGUUUUCCACCUUGUCUCCAGUCACUGAGCAGCUCCUGAAAGAUACAAUAGCACCACAGCCGUGCCAGGGGCAGGACCAGGGCUGUGUUUUGUCCCUCAGAGAAGACUCCUACCAGGCCCUGAGCCUCUGUGACUUUGCCCUGUGUGACCCAUUCUCUAGUGACCCUCAGUGCCACCGUGGUUUGGUGACCUGCUCCUGCCGACAGGGUUACUUUAAGUUCAGCUCAGGUGACCGCUCGUGUACAGCAUGUGCCAGUGGGUUUCAUUGGAAAGAUGACAGUUGCCAGAGGUGUCCUUUUGGGUUUACGGGAUUUAACUGUGAUGAAGCCUUUCUGCUGACUGUCAUACUGCAAAGUGGCCUGUUGUUCCUCCUACUGGCAGCCUGUGUAUCCCUCCUCAUUCUCUACUCCAGAAAGAAGAGGUCCCAGAAGCCCAAAUUGAUUGACAGCCUGGUGCUGGGGGUGCCCUCCGACGUCCUGUCAUUGCCCAGAGCCCAGUUCUCCUGGAGAAGAGACUGGAACUGGGAGGAACCAGUGGGCACAGGUUUGGGUAAUGCCCACGGAGAGACAGGACAGAUGGACCAUGUUCCACAGUCUUCAGAAAUUCAGCUAAAAUCAUUUGGGGAGACCCCAAGAUCCACUGUGUCCAACACACGUCUGGGCAGCCACAACCCGGGGUUCAUCAGUGACUGACCUUUAAGCUCCAGGAACAGAAUGAAGCCCAACCCCCAUCCUGGUGCAUUUGAUUCUGCUGAACAGAGGAACCUCCAAACCUUCUUUCUUCUGAUGAACAGUUGGGACACGUAACCCAAUGCACAUCUGCUGAGACCCACUGGGUCCUGGGGGAGUUAGACUGGGAAUCACCCAAUGGCAAUUCCAAUUCUCAACAUUAGCAUCUCAUUUACAUCUGCCCCAAACGCCCACCUACAUUCAUUGCUCACGUGGCUCUUGGGUUUUACUUAUGGGACCAUUACACCACUGGGGCCACACACACCUCUGGGGGCCACACACAACUCUGGGGGCCACACAUACUGAGGGGCAGAGACACUGCAGUGGGACAUGGCUUGUGAAGAUACCCCAGAGGGGCAGUAUAUAGGCUUAUAUGAGGGUAUCCAGAGCUGCUAUGUUGGUGGGAGAGUUUCUGUUUAGGAAAACAAUUAGAAACCUUUCUCACAUCUUUCCUAAGCAGAAGAACAUCAGCCUCUUUCUUUCUCCUGACAACUUCCUUGACUACUUGCUGGUCA